GGCGAUUGUUUAUGCUCAGAUGUGAGAUCGAAACUUUUAUUUUAUGGAAUAACGGGUGGGUACCUCGCCCUCCAAAUUUUUUUUUAAUGCUUAGAUGGGUGGACGAGCUCACAGCCUACCUGGUGUUAAGUGGUUACUGGAGCCCAUAGACAUCUACAACGUAAAUGUGCCAUCCACUUUGAGAUAUAAGUUCUAAGGUCUCAAUAUAGUUACAACGGCUACCACACCCUUCAAACCGAAACGCAUUACUGCUUCACAGCAGACAUAGGCGGGGUGGUAUCCGUGCGGACUCACCAACCACUGCGGGAUUCGAAGACCGGUGCAUCGCUAGAUACGAAUGCACCGGACGUCUUAUCGUUUAGGCCACGACGACAACAGUAAAAGUGCAGUAUUCGGGUUGUUUUACUCUGAAAUUAUUUUCAAUAUGGCAGCCUGGGAAAACGACGAAGAAAUAAUGCGGUUCCGGGAAUAUUUAAAAAUACCAAGCGUACAGCCAGAUGUGGAUUAUAGUGCCUGCGUCGAGUUCUUGACAGCGCAAGCGAGGUUAAUGAAUUUGCCCGUUAUGGUAUAUGAGAUAGUGCCGAAGAAACCAGUAGUUGUUGUCACGCUACAGGGCCUUCAGCCAGAUCUACCAUCGAUUUUGCUCAAUUCUCAUAUGGAUGUCGUGCCUGUUAACGAAGAGUUGUGGACUUAUCCCCCGUUCGAGGCGAAACUCACUGACGAUGGAUUCAUAUACGCCCGCGGAUCUCAAGACAUGAAGAGCACCGGCAUGAUAUACCUGGAAGCUAUCAGUAGAUUUAAUAAGUCUGGCAAACGUUUGAAAAGAACAACACACGUCAGCUUUGUACCUGACGAAGAAAUCGGCAGUACAUACGGCAUGAAAGCGUUCUCCGAGUCGCAGGAAUUUAAAAACCUGAACGUGGGCUUUGGAAUGGACGAGAGCGCGCCCAGCCCAGAACCAGACGAGCUAAUUGUAUUCAACGGUGAACGUACUUCGAGACAGGUUAAAGUGACAUGCAAAGGGGAACCAGGACACGGCGCCCUCCUUGACAUUGAUAACGCCGGUGAAAAAUUUUAUACGAUACUGAGCAAGUUUAUGAGUCUGCGUGCUGAAGAAAAACGUAAAACGCUUCCCCCUAUUAAUACAUUCAUAGGCGACGUAACUACAAUCAACUUAACUCAAGUCGAGGGAGGAGUUAUGGUUAAUGUUUUACCUGAAGUACUGAGCGCCACGUUCGAUGUGAGGAUAGCACCUGACGUGGAUCUGGAUGAGUUUGGGAAUAUGAUAGAAGCCUGGUGCAAAGAAGCCGGCGAGGGUGUCACCUUCGAAUAUCUUGUGAAAAAUCCACAAGUGUACAGCACGAAAACCGAUGGAAGUGUACCAUUCUGGAAUAGUCUGGUCGAAGUUAUCGAAAAGAUGGGUUUGAAGUUGAAAUGUGUGACAUGUCCGGGAGCCACCGAUGCCCGUUUCGUUCGACUACACAACAUCCCGGUAAUCAAUUUCACACCGAUACUGAACACUCCGCUGUAUGUCCACGCGCACAACGAGAGGGUUCAUGCGGACAUGUACAAGAAAGGUAUUGACAUCAUGGAGAAAGUCUUAGAAGCACUGGCCAAUGUUUAAGCAUUUACACGGAGCCCUACUGUGCUUUCUAUACUAUCUGGGAUUAAUAAAUGAAAUAUGUUAGUUGAUUUAUUAAUCCAAAAUUCAAAUAAAGAAUAGUCGAUCUUUUUAAUGGGUUUCCGCAAAAAGAGGCGUUUCCUCCUUUGAUUAAUUUCUUGAAAAAAAAAACUAGUUGUAGAGAGUACUUUCAAUUGCGUAUGUUUAAUUUUCUCUUCGUAAUGAUAAAUGUAAUUGUUUUCAUCAAUAAAUUAUUUGGAAAGAAA